AUGGGAAAUACGGCUGUGGUGGAGCAACAGAUUGCAACAUCUGAUGCUAAGGUUGAUCCAGUUCAACAACAGGUUGUGAAGCUGGUUGGUGAGAAACAGGUAAUCAAUGCGGAGGAAGCACUGGAUUAUGAGGUCUCGAGCUCUGCUUCGGGGAUGAGAGUACGUAGGGAGACAGAGAGCUAA